UCGUGCUUGCGCAUCUCGCACGCCCGCCAGCGCCACCGCAGACCGCGCUGCGCCCUCGUCGCACGCCGCAGCCCCAUUGCUGGCUCGCCUCAACUCCACUCCACUCCCGCCCCCUUUGCUCCGCUAGCCCAGCAUGGCGACGCGCAAGAAGGUCCUGCUCAAGGUCAUUAUCCUGGGCGACUCAGGCGUCGGCAAGACAUCCUUGAUGAACCAAUACGUCAACAAGCGCUUCAGCAGCGCGUACAAGGCGACGAUUGGCGCAGACUUCCUGACGCGCGAAGUGCUUGUCGACGACCGGCUCGUGACGAUGCAGCUCUGGGACACGGCCGGCCAAGAGCGAUUCCAGUCUCUCGGCGUGGCCUUCUACCGCGGCGCAGACUGCUGCGUGCUGGUGUACGACGUCAACAGCGCACGCAGCUUCGAGACGCUCGACAGCUGGCGCGACGAGUUCCUCAUCCAGGCGGGCCCGCAUGAUGCCGAGCACUUCCCGUUCGUCGUGCUGGGCAACAAGAUUGAUGUGGAGGAGAGCAAGCGGAUGGUCUCGCAGAAGCGCGCCAUGACGUGGUGCCAGGCCAAGGGCAACAUUCCGUACUUUGAGACGAGCUCAAAGGAGGCCAUCAACGUCGAGCAGGCGUUCCAGACGAUUGCGCGCAACGCGCUGCAGCAGGAGGCCGAGGCGGAACUGUACUCGGAGGCGCCGGAUCCGAUCAGAAUCGACGGCGACUACCAGCAGAGCGGCUGCAACUGCUAGGGCGUUACGCCGUUUGUGCGGUUGCCAUGCUUUGCGCUCGUCCCAGCUCCGGCUCGCUCUCUUCUCUCACACUCUCUCUCGCGACUCGCAUUCACAAUCACAUCUCGCCUCGUAUAUACACCCCCACACCGCCUCUCUCGUGCUGUCCGUCGAUCCGCGCGCGCGCGCCCCGCUGCCUCCCUCAAUACUCUCGCCGGGCCACACCCUCCUUUCGUUCGUGUGCUUCACAUGACGCCGCUCGAGCGAAAUGCCAUGCACAUCAUUCCCCUUUAU